CUUCUGUUGUCGAUUUGUCUGCUUAAUUGACAAGCAGUGGGAAAUGUGUUUGUUAUGAGUAAUGUGACUGUAGUUUUCAAGUCUUAAAUCGUCGACUUAAUUAAUAGUUUCCAAUUCGAAUUUCGAAAUAUUAUUUAAUAGUUUUAAGAUAUUUAUUGCCUCUUAUGCUAACUGUUGAUUUUCAAUGUGUAUAAUUUUUUUUAUUUUUUUUUUUGCAAGAGGUCAUGAAGUUAUGCUCUUGCUAUUGAAAUACGAAAGUAAUAGCAAAGUAAUUAUGGUUUCUGAUAAUUUUCUUCGAUUUGGCAUUUCACAAUGCUAUGAGCUGUUGAAUAAAGAUAAGACUAAUUUAAAAAUAAAAUUAAACGUGUAAAUUAAAUUUUAAUAUUUUUGAAUGAAGAGAACCUUAAAAUUAGUUUUUAAGUGAAAGAUAAAGCGUAUAGAAAUAUUAAAUAAGCUCAUUUAAAGAAAAAAAGCAUUUAUAAAUGAAACAACGUUUAACAAUAGGGAUUAUUCCAUAUACUAUUAAUUUUAUCACAUAAAUUGUGUGAGUAUAAUAAUCUCAACUGUGUAUAUCAUAAAAUAAAUUGAUUACAAUCAAACUUUUGUAUAAAUGUUAAUUUAUCAAUAAUUAAUAUUAAAGUAAGCAAUUAUUAAUAAUUUUCAAUUGCAUGAAAUCGCUCUGUAUUUCCUUUCGCAAAAUUUAAUAACAUAAGCCCCUUUUCUUACUGUGCGUUUUCGUGUGACAUUUAUUAUUAACUUGAGGGAAUGCUAGCGAGAAAUUUUCUUGAAUAUGAGACCUCUGCAUAUUUAUGGUUCUAAAUAUAAUGGCAUCUUCUGGAAAUAAUAGAGCGAGCGACGAAGAACUGCUCCGUUUGCCUCCUCAGGAACUAGUUCGGAAGAUUCGGAGAGCUGAAUCCGAAAACAUAAAACUUAUGAUGAGCCAUGGUGCACUUAUUAAGGAUGUUAAUCAGCGUAUGCAGAUAUACUUAUAUUGGAGGGUACAUACAAAAAAUUCUGUCAACCGCAGAGUUGUCGAGAAUUCCACCAAAUAUAAAUUAAAGAUACAUUUGCAUGAAAUACGUAACCUGAAGGAGAUAAAUCAGCGAUUCCAAGAUGAUAAUCAAGAACUGAGAGACUUGUGUUGCUUUUUGGAUGAUGACCGGCAGAAAGGACGUAAGCUAGCUAGGGAGUGGCAACGCUUUGGUCGUUACACGGCUAGUGUCAUGAGACAGGAAGUUGCUGCAUAUCAAAAUAAGCUACAAGAACUUGAAAAUAAACAACAGGAACUUAUUCGAGACAACCUAGAAUUAAAGGAAUUGUGCCUUUACUUGGAUGAUGAGAGAAACAGAGGGACUUGCAGUCAAUGCGGUGGACCUUUAAGUGGUCAUCGUGAUGAUGGAGAUGGCAGCAGUUCUUCUACAAACAAUGAAGAACUUGGUCUACUGGCUCCAGUUCAAUCAUCAUUUUCCACACACCGUAUAACUCAGAGCAUAGAUGAUUCUAUACAAAGACACAGAUCUGUCAUCAAUGCUCAGGUUUUGCAGUAUAUCAGGAAUUUAGAAAGAAAGAUUCAAGAAUUAGAAGAUGAAAAACAUAAUUUUAGUCAAAUGAAAAAUAAAAUGGAGCACAAUUUUUAUGGUAAAAGUUCAUGGACAGAUUCAAAUUCAAAUCAUCAGAUAACUAAUGACAAUUUAACUCUAUCAAAACCUGAAGCUGUUGUUCAUGCUAUGAAGGUACUAGAAGUUCAUGAACAAAUGGAGAAAAGUUUGGAAAGUGAUUUGGAAUCUGAAGAAUUGGCAGAAGGUGAAAAAGCAUUGGUUCGUGAAAUGUGCAAUGUGGCAUGGAGAAAGCUUGAAGAUGGUCCUUCAUAAAAUUAUUAUCUCAAAAACUGAAUUCAAUGUUUUACAAAUUCAUUAUGAAGAUAUAUAUAUAUAAUAUGCAAAAAAAAUGUUUCACAGGUUUACUUUAUACUUUUGCAAUUUUAUCCCAUUAUCCAAAUCUUCACUGUCUAUUUAUUACCAUUGUUUUGUAAAACAUUUUCCGUUUUUAUUCUGUAGUAAUUCAAACAGGAAUGCAAAAUACUGUAUAAAAUAUAAUAAUUUUGGUUGAGUACAGCAUAUCAUGAACAGCUAUGGAAAACUCUGUUCUGGACGGUUUUAGAAAUAUAAGCUUGUAAAGAUAAGAAAGAUCAGCUUGAUGUAAAAUUAUAUAAUAUACUGUAAUUAUUGUCAUAUUUCUCAUAAUUUUACUAUCAUACUGUAUGUAACAUGUUUAAUAUUUAUUUUAAAUAUUUUUUCAUUAAAUAUACAUACUGUAUUAUCUUAUUGCUGAAUAAAAUAUUUUAAGAAUUAUUAACUAUUAAU